UUCGUCACGCCAUUAAUCCUUCUUGGCCAGGUGGAAGUGUUUCACGAUUUAGUCCAAAUGAUAAAAUACCACUAGAUUUACGUGGCGCUCGUCUUAAUUAUCGCCCAAUGCCUGGUACAUGUUUUCAUUGCUCUUAUUGUUUUGAUCGUCUGGCAACAGUUCGAAUGAAAAUCGCUUCAUUUUCACAUACUGAACUAGAUAUUCCUAAAUAUCAUGAUCAAAAACAUAUUAUCGAUCGUUUUCGUAAUGGUAAAGAUCUAUUUGAUAGAGCCAGUGAUCCAUUACGACGUGUUUAUAAAAAUGAAACUGAAUUACCUCGAUUAUUACAAGUUGAACAAAAACGUUUUGGGUACAUGCUGAAUAGAUCAGCACCUAAUGCUGGCUUUCUAGAUGUUUAA